ACCGUGAGCCCGGGCGCGCCCUGCCCCAGCCACACGCCUCCGAGGCGUCAGCAGGAGCGAGACGGGGCAGCAGCGAGGCGCCCGCCUGCUGAGGGAGGGGACUGGCGGGGCGCGAGCUCUUCCUGUCUCGCUGCCCUGGUGCUGAGGAAGGAGGGGCUGGGGCGGCGGCUCUUGCCCUGGGUGCUGCUGUGGGACUCUCGCCGCGGGCAUGUCCGGCGGCGCGCCUCGCCGCUCUCCAGGGGCUGGGUUUUGUCGUCCGCGGCCCAGGCACGUUGCAAGUACGAGGAGAUGAGCGCUCAGCAGGCCGACGAGGAGCCGGCUGGUGCUGCCCACCCGCCGCUGCUCAGGCUGCUUUCCGCCUUCUUCUAUGGAACCUGCUCUUUCCUGAUCGUCCUGGUGAACAAGACCGUGCUGACCACUUACCGAUUCCCAUCUCCAAUGGUUCUUGGAAUUGGACAGAUGGCAACCACCAUACUUAUUCUGUAUGUGUCAAAAUUAAAUAAGAUUAUUCACUUCCCUGAUUUUGACAAAAGUAUCCCUAUGAAGUUGUUUCCUCUGCCUCUGCUUUAUGUUGGAAAUCACAUAAGUGGAUUAACAAGCACCAGCAAACUAAGUUUGCCGAUGUUUACAGUGCUCAGGAAGUUUACCAUUCCACUUACAUUACUGCUGGAAAUCAUCAUACUUGGGAAACGAUAUUCACUGGGUAUUAUAGUCAGUGUAUUUGCCAUCGUUCUUGGGGCUUUCAUAGCCGCUGGAUCAGAUCUCUCUUUUACUUUGGAAGGCUACACCUUUGUGUUGCUAAAUGAUAUCUUCACGGCAGCAAAUGGAGUAUACACUAAACAGAAAAUGGAUCCAAAGGAGCUGGGAACAUAUGGAGUCCUUUUCUAUAAUGCUUAUUUUAUGGUGAUACCCACAAUGAUUCUUAGCUUCUCCACUGGAGACCUUCAGCAGGUCACAGAUUUCAAGCAUUGGACAAACUUUUUAUUUCUCUUUCAGUUUCUUCUCUCCUGCUUCUUGGGGUUUCUCUUAACGUAUUCUGUGGUCCUGUGCAGCCAUUACAAUUCUGCACUUACGACAUCAGUGGUUGGUGCAUUCAAGAAUAUAUCCAUCGCUUAUAUUGGAAUGUUGGUUGGUGGAGACUACAUAUUCUCUAUAUUAAACUUUAUAGGGCUAAAUAUUUGCAUGGCAGGAGGACUGAGAUAUUCAUUUUUAAUAUUACGAGACCACAAGAAACCUAAGCAGCCUACAGAUGAAGAAAACAUGUCUUGAUUCAAAGAGCUAGCAAAAAUGAAUAAUGUGAAAGGCAGUGAAGAUGCAAGCCCACUAAACAGCACUGCCACAAAGUUAAUCAAGCACCUGCAGCAGGAAUGUAUCUGAAAUGAGAAAAAACUACCUCAGUAACCAUUGUGCACACACAUCUUAUAGGCUCAGAAGUGUUCUUACACACAGCGUCACAACUUAUUUUUGUUUUAUAACCAAGCUUCACUUAUAAUAUGGGAACAUCUAUCCAAAGUAAUUGGCUAGUUGUGACCGUCUUUAUUCUUGCUAUUGACAAUAUUUGUACUCAGCCAAAUCUUAAAUUUCUUGCUCAGUUUUCAUCAAUCCUUGUGAGGCAAAACUCCCACAAAGACAAUGGGGGCUUGAUUCAUUUCUGUCCAGUACUGUAGCAGAUCACCAGCGUGGCACCUCUUGCUGGUCGUCCAGGAAUUAGCUCUCUCAGGACUGGAGCACUAUCUAUGGGCCGGUGGCUCGCCCUCUGUUACCUAUUCUCUGCAGUCCCUUUAUCUCCACCACAUAUAGGCCUCACUCCCUCUCAGACCACAGUGCCCCUUAUCUUGGGGUGCUGCCCCUCACCCAGAGAACCCCACUCCCCUGAGCCCACCUCACCUCAGUGACCCACUGCCAGUCUUCAUCUAGCCCCUUUACGCAGGGGCAAACUGCAGUGUGCAAUGGCCACUCAUCAUUGGCUAGGGGGCUGGACCUGCUCUCUUUUCCUGCAGCCCCUGUACCUCAGGCCUUCCUGUCAGGCCUCAGCCUAGGAGGUCACCAGGCCUGAGCUUUCCAGCUCAGCCUGCCCCUUCCCCAGCACUGCUCUGUUGAAGGUACCCUGUGCUUCCAGGCAGCCCGGUCCUUCCCACCCCAAGGCUGAAGUAAGACUGCCUGCCUCCUAGAUCACAGUCCUUUUUAUACCAGCCCUACAGGGCCCUGACAGCAAGGCCUUUGCCUGGGGAUUUGCCAGGCCAGAGCUCCCCCAGCUCCUCCUGUCCUUCCCCAGCACUACACUGUUCAGGGUACCCUUUUCCUCUUUCAGGCAGCCAGAUCCAUCUCUCUCCAAGGCUGGAGAAAGACUGACUGCCUUCUGGCCCUACAGCCCUUUUAUAGGGCCCAGCCUGGCCCUGAUUAGCUGCCUCGUAGCCUUUCCUGGUUGGCUCUCAGCCCCAGCCCUCUCCAAGGGCUGGCUUUUAACCCUUUCAGGCCUGGAGCGGUGUGACCACCCUGCUACAUGUACCUUGUGGACUUAUUUACACCUACAAAGAGGGUGUACAAUGCUACCAAAUCAAAAUGGUUUUACACCCACUUUGCACUAGUAUAAAUGACUGCACAACUGGAUCCUGGCUCACUACAAAAGCAAUUUUUCCUCUCUUGUUAUUGAUACCUCCUCAUCAAUUAUUGGGAGUGGACCAACCUGACUGAAUUGGCCUUGUCAGCACUGGUUCCCCACUUGUAAAGUAACUCCCUUCUCUUCAUAUGCCAAUAUACUGUAUUUAUGCCUGUAUCUGCAAUUUUCACUCCAUGCAUCUGAAGAAGUAGGGUUUUUUACCCAGAAAGGAUUCUUCCAAAUAAAUCUGUUAGUCUUUAAGGUGCCACCGGACUCCUCAUUGUUUUUGUGGAUACUGACUAACACAGCUACCCCUCUGAUACUUGAAUCCUGGGUGUUCCUGUAUAAGGAGUGAUUGAAAACUGAAUAAGGAACUCAGGGUACAGUCCAGUAUGUUUUGAAAAAGGAGUUCUCUCUUAUCCUACCAAUUCUCUGCUUCAUUCUUUCAAAGAAGCUAUCAUCCUCUGUGGUAUCACAGUCUGUUGCCACAAUCAUGAUUGUUUUGUCAUAAGUGGAUUAUUCUGACUUUCUGCUGGAUCAAAUGAAAGGAAGAGAAGGGCAGCGAGUGAAAUAUUUAUUGUUUAAAGAGAAAUACCUUGGCUGAUUAGCCAGUACUGCAUGGAAAAAUCUGAGAGAGACCAGAAAGGGAAAUUCAUUUCUGUUCAGGUAUGCAUACUUAGAUAUCAAAGGUUCCCCUCUGCACAUUGUUUGUCAGCACGUAGCUUGGAACAAUACAGAGCAAAUGCAAUUACUGUGCACUGACUGGAGCAGAAAAAAAUCAAUGGCACACUGAAGACUGACUUUAAGCAAUAAUGUUUCAUUGAUGCAGAAUUGUUGAUGUUCCACGGUGUACCAUGUACAUAAUAAUAGUUGAAAUCAUCUAGAAUAUCUGGUUUUGUUCUGUAUUCUAAACUCAGACUGUGUUCCCAAAGAUUCACUAAGGAGGGGAGGAUAGUCCAGUAGUUGAAGUACAAACUUGAAAUUGGGUGAGCUGAGGUCUGUUCUUGCUUCUGUCAUAGAUGUUGGACAAUAAUAUAACUGCUGUCUGUCUUUUCUUAUCUGAAAAGGCAGAAAAUAUAUAUUUACCUACAUCAUAUAGUUAAGUUCAUCAAUUUUUACAAAGCAUUUGAAAUCCUCAGAUGGUGCCAUGGGGUGUACAGUGAUUAUUAGGGUUCUCAAUUUCAGAUAUGCACGAGCCAAGUUAUGAUUUUCUGUUGAAAUCAUGAGAAGUGUUGAAGUUUCACAAGAUUUUGACAUGGAACCAGGUAGAUCUGGAUAGUAUUGAUUGACUGAGUUUCAGUUUGAGAUUUGAGGUUCAAACUCAGCAAAACUUGGGGAGUGCAAACCCAUGUGGACCAUAGGAAGUGGCAUUCUGAGUCAGCAGCAGUCCAGUAUCCUCUCUGACAGUGGCCAGUACCAAAUGUUUCAGAGGAAGUUGUCAGAAUCCCACAGUCUGCAAAUGUGGGAUAUCUGCCGGUCUCACCCUGAUCUCUAAUAGAUAGAGGUUGGCUUAAGCACUGAAGCAAAAAGUUCCUAAAUGUUUGUUUGUCAUUAAUUAUAACUCUGGAUAUUCUUGAUAGCCAUGUAAUUAUCCACUCUCUUUUUGAAUCAUAAGUUCUUGGCCACAGUGACUUCCUGCGGCAAGAAGUUCCACAGCUCAAAUCAGGUGUUGUGUGAAAAAAGUAUUUCCUUUUAUUGGUUUGAAUUUCCCACCUUUUUAGUUUCAUUCACUGUCCCCUUGUUCUCGUGUUGUGAGAUAGGGAGAACAGAAGCCCCGCUCUACCUUCUCUAUACAACUUGCUCUUUUAUACAGUAUAAUUCCAGUUAUCCAAAUACCAUUUUUCAAAAAAUCCUAGUUUAUCCGAAUCCACAGUGUGGCCCCCCCAUGUAGCUCUAUCUUAGUGAAUCACCCACUGAUAAGUUCUCAAUUAGCCUCUUAACACCCGCUAGCACUACUCAACAGCUUUAUAUCUGCAUAGCGGUUCUUAGUGGUUAUUGCAGCUAGUGAGAUCUAAUCUUGUUUGCACAGCUUGGCAGGACAAUGUAAAAAAAAAAUAUGUGUGUGUGUUAGGAUCUCAAGCAGCAAGUACACAUUCUCAAGAUCCUAGGCCUGGCCUACACCUAAAACUUGGUCAGCCUAGCAACAUUGCCCAGGGCUGUGAAAAUUGUCAUGCCUUCAGCACCGUAGUUAGGUCAACCUACUCCCCUAUGUGGACGUGGCUAGGUCAACAGAAGGAUUCUUCCAUCCAUCUACCUACUGCCUCUCGGAGGGGUGGAUAACUACAUAGAUGGAAAAAAUCCCUUCUGUUGAUAUAGGAAGCAUCCACACUAUGGCACUAUAGUGGCACAGCUGCAGCAUUUCUACCCCUAGAAAUAUCAGCAUUACUGCCUGUGUUCCCUGUAUUUCUGUAUCUGUGAAACUGCAGCUCAGAAUAGCAUUUCUGUUAAUCUGAAUGCCCAGUUAUCUGAAAGUUUUGGAUGUACCCCAGGCCAGUCAAAUAAACGGGAGUGUAUCGUAUGCUUCAUGCCCCCAUUUAUCCAUUUCCUUUCUAAGGUCUGUGUGGAUCAAACCAAAAAUAGUGUUUGUGUGAAGCUUUGUAAAGUGAAACCACUGCAUUUUGAACAGUUCAAAGAACGGCCUAAGAGCUUGUCUACACAGCUAAGUCAAUAAGUUUCACUAUACUGGUAUUAUUAUAUUGGCAUAGCUAUCCCAGCAAAUUUCCCUGUGCAGACAAGCCCUAAUCCAGAAACCAGUAUGUGAUCUUUCCAUCUCCAUUCUGUGAACUGUUAAAGAAAAGCAGAACAAGUAUUGAAAUGCCGUUUUAUCAUUAUAAUGUUCAAACAACACCCUGGUAUUUUGUUAGUAUUAGAGAACCAUGUAUUAUGAAUGUAGAUUUAAAACAUCCCCUGAAGUUUGGGAGGCAUUUGUUUCCAUGGUUGUGUUUCAGCCUAGAAAAACGGAGGCCAUUUGCAAAAACCAGAGCCAGGUUUGGAUUUUAAACCCCACAGGUUGGGGGUGUUAGAUGCAGCAUUUGGACUCUGGUCCAUCUCUAGUCAGUGUAUUUGCUAACUUAAUUUAAAAUAUAAGCCAUGCUGCUUGAUUGUUGAAAUCUUUUUUGCAGGGUAUUUAACCUGCUGAUGAAUAGUUUUUAGCAUGAAACUGAAAAUUACCUCAAAUUCUCACAGGUACUGUAUAACCCUUUUCUGCCAGCCCUACAUCUAGACUGGAGAGCAAAGAGCCUCUCCCCACUCAAGAUCAAACACAUCCUUGCAUUCCCAGGACCUGUACUGUCGUUAGGGCAAGCGUCUCGAAAAUGAGGAGAGCAGAGACACUGCACCUUCCCCAAACGUGGUACAGUUGGUCUCUUUCUAGCUGUGCAAGGUAUUUUGCCUGCUAGAGAUACAAUAUCGUUCAUCACUCCUGCUGGGUGAUGCAGCCCUGCACUUCCACUGUCUGCAGUUGAGGCUACAUACCAUGACCAAGCCCAUAUUGUAAUUCUACCUUUCAUAUCCCAAUCCAGAAAGCAGCUAUGACUAGAUUGUUUGUUUGUUUUCUGGUUAAACUAAUUUCCCUUAGGGCUUGUUGACCUGGUAGGUUACUGUGCAGUAAACCAGGGUGUGGAUCCACAGUUUCUAAGUUGAUUGCACAGUAAUGUCCCACAUGGACACUCCUACAGUGCAUGGAGGUUAAAAUUAAAAGCCUGCGGCUGGCCCAUGACAGCUGACCUGGGCUCGGGCGAAGGAACUGUUUAACUGCAGUGUAGACCUUCGGGCUCAGGCUGGAGCCUGUGCUCUAGGCCCUGUGAGUGAAGAGGGUCCUAGAGCUCGGGCUGCAGCCCAAGCCUGAAUGUCUGCUUCACAAUUAAAUAGCCCCUUAGCCUGAGCCCUGUGAGCUCGAGUCAGUUGACCCAGGGCAGCCACAGGUUUUCAGUUGCAGUGUAGACAUACCCCAAAAGUCUCAGAGUGUGACUUGGUAUACUACUACUUGAAAGCAUGUUCAUCACUUUCACUUUUACUUUCUGGCUAUUAUGAUCUAGUACAAUUCUGCCAAUUCAGGGAAAUACUUUAAUUUUUAAAAAUGUUUUCUUUUAUAUUUUAAAAAAUUCUUGAACAUUUUUCUGUUCCCGGUGUCUAGUAAAACUUCCUUUGCCCCACCACUACCACCAGAAUUUUGGGGCCUAAACUACCUGACAAUUCAACUUUAAGUAGGUGGCAGGAUGGCUUUCACCGAUAAUCAGAGGGUUAGCACAGAAGUGGGAUUACAGCACUGCUUGAUGUUUAGCAAUUGUACCUACUGAAAUGAGGCACACUUAGAAAGAGACCCUCAAGGAAAACAGCUAUGUUCAACUUGGUAUGUGGCUUAAUUCUGCAAUAUUGUUUGCUGUAUGCUUGUAAAUACAUAAAUGAAAUUAUUGUUACUAUUUUUGUAUUUUUAUUAUUGGGUGCAGAGGGAAGAUACUUCUAAGUCACAAGUGAACCCUAGGUCAAAUGCAUUACAGUAAAAAAACACAUAAUCAUAGCUGAAGUAAUUUUAAUUAGCCAAUUGUGCAUACCAGGCUUCUGAUAAAGGCUUUGA